AUGCACACCAUGUGCGCCAUGCGCUUGCUUUGCUUCGUCAUUGCCGUAUCCGCCUUGGAGGACGACCAGUGCCAGUUACAGAUUCGGAGCAAAGGCGGCGCGUCAUUGAUGCCAGCUCCGCAGAGAAGCAACGAAGCUCCUCCCGAGACCAACGCAACGAAGCUGGACAUGAUGCAGAAGCUUUGGACCACUCCAGGACAUUUUCCUCAGUGUUCCUCGUCCAUUCCACGCCAGAAAGAGAAGCUCAUACAAACUGAGGGUCUUCAGCGCUUGCCACCCUUACCCGACAAGAUCACAUGUCAACCGGGAGAAGUUCCCAUCGGAGAUUUUCAGGAGGGCAAGUACACCUUCUCAUGUUGCGCGGCUGGAAGCCAAUGUGGUGGUUGCCGCAGCAGCAAGAACGGUGUGUGCCUGGAGUGUGCGGCUGGAUAUGUUUACCAAGCGAUCCCAGUGAUGGGCAUCUCCAAAUGCUUCAUGUGCGAUGACAUUCCAAAUUGGCAUGACUCUAUGUCCCGCACUUGCACUGACUAUGCUGUCCAGGGCUUGUGCAAUGGUUCAUGGCCCAAUGCAAGCCUUGACCUGCCUUAUCACGGCCUCAAACCCAGUGAGGCCUGCUGCAUUUGUGGCGGUGGGAAUGUGCAAGCUGUUCCCACUCAGAUGCCUUUGGCCGACGAGUCCUUGUAUGUGGGCCAGCGGAUAGAGGCCUUUCCGGAGCCUGUGGCAGAGGCAGUGGCAGUUGACCCCGAGUGCAACCUGGCCGAGUUGGGUUUGGAGCUCUCAGUGACUGGCGUGAUCCGUGGGAAUUUGACUGCAACGAACAAGACCACCCAGCUCAAGUGCUCCAUGAUGCUCACACAAGACCCGAUUCGCGGAAUCUUCAGCAGCAUCAGCUUGGACGUGCCCUUGUCCAGCUUCACCUACGGUGAGCAAGCACUUCUCUUCAAGUUAUGGGGACAGGAUGCAGAAGCAGCUCAGUCUUCCCUGCCUCUUCAAAAAAAAUCAUCACUCCAACUUGAGAACUAUCAGCUGGCCUGUGUUCCGGAGUGCCCAUGGCUUGGACUAGAUCAAGGCAAUGGCGAUCUAUUCCUGCAAACCAAUGUCUUGGGCCUUCAGAAAUUCCCGUCUGAGAUGAAAGGAAGUGUUGAAGGAUAUGAAGGGGUGCCAUCUUGCAGCUGUCAAGUCUCUGCUGAGUCGGCAAACCAUACCUUUUCGACAGAUUUCGUUGCCCUGCAAGCUCGCUUAUGGCGAUCAGGGUCCUAUGUCAAUCAGACCAUCAUCGCCAGGAUUGGCACUGAAAUUCCUGAUGUGGAAUUGCUCGAAGAUCCAGGGCUUGGCUUCCGGUGGUACAGCAGUCAGAACGAUUUGCAGCUACCUGUGCUUCAAAACAUCUCCACUGGAGAGCUCUUUGUGGUUUCUCCAUCCGUCACCCCAAUGAUUCUGGACGUCAAUUGCAAGGAUACGAAGAACAGCUAUGCAUGGUCACGCAUCACAGGUGAUGUCACUCUGCGGGGUCAAAAGGCCUUCAACCUGGACCCGCAAUCCGGCACGGUCUCGGGUGUUCCAUCCCUCGAAUUGUCAGACACCCAGGGCAGAGCAAGUGUCACAAUCACUUGCCAGGUUGCGCUGGGUGGCCCCACCUAUGACAAAGUCCUGCCAGUUGCAAACCUCACGGUCGAGGUUCAGGAUGAUGUUUGUUGGGUGCCAGGACCUAUUUCCCUGCCAGCCCUUUGGCAAAAACUCGACGCCCAAACAGGCCCAUUGUGCCUUUCAAGUUGCCGCAUGCGUGAUGAUUGCGCUGCUGUACACUUCAAUGACACGUGCUACGUCAUGGUCUCGGACGGGCAAUUCCUGAACUUGACGGGCAAUGCGUUGGUGCGACUGAGCAAUUGCUCCGAGGAAGUCUCAGCUUUGAAUCUGUCAGUUCCAGGAGCAGCUUAUGUCGAUGGGCAGUUCACCGUGUCCAAUUCAUACAAAGAUCAGGUAUCCUACUCUCGAGCUGGCUCAACUCCUGGUCGGCAAUUGGACUUGGUGCAGGGCUCCUUUGUUGAGGCGGACAGCUAUUGUCGCAAUGCCACAUGGUUACUUCUGCACAUCAAUACAUCAGACUACAAAGACGGAGACACCAAUGCGCCAGAAUAUUUUGGUGCAGAGAUAGCUUGCAUCAACCGAGAUGUCGUGAGGGCAUCCUUUCAAAGUGGUGAAGUGACGUUUCAGCUGAAUUUCUCUGCAGCGGAGCUGAAUGACAGUGCUCUUUUGGAGAAACCAAGUGCUCAGCAAAAUGCGACGUUGAAACUCAGCGUUCCGUCCUGCGCAAAGCCGAGCUUCGUCGACGUCGGUGUGGAGCAGGUCUUCAUCGGCCAACCGGAGGAAGCGGGUCGAAGUUUCGACGUGUGUCGCAGUGUCGAGUCUGAAGGAAAGGACAUGAAAGAGGAUUCAUCCAAUGAAGCAGUACCCCGGACAGCCGCCAGCUUCAACAAUGGAUCACUACCAGAUCAGCUGAUCUUCACCGGAGCCUUCACGUGCGAGAAGAAUGCCAGACUCGAUGAGAUCCGGUCCACCACCCUAGAAGACUGUGCAAAGGAUUGUCGUGGAGACUCCGCAUGUCAGUUUUAUCAGUAUGAAACAGCUUCAGGGUAUUGUGUGUUGUUUCAGCGGUGCGAUUAUGUACAAAGAAUCGAUGUGCAAAUCGAAAACACCUUGUAUGGAAGACCGCCAGAGGGAAACUUUUGCCGGAUCGCAGAUCCGACAGUCUGCUGGCAAGAGAUCAAACGCCGCAGCUUGCUCAGCCUGACAGCGUCAGACUUGCCUAGCUGCGUUUUCCAAGAGCAAUAUGAGGCCUGUGAUGCUUUACAAAUGAUCUCAGGUCAAUCACAAGGCCGGUGUGCCCGAUGUCAAUACCUCAACUCCUCCAGUUCCUAUGCGCAGCAAGGUAUGCGCAAAGUACCACUCCCAGAUGAGUUCCCAGCAGCUUCACAAGUGGCCAUCAGUUGCAAUGCGACAUCUCGCAUGUUUGCCAAGCAUGAAUUGGAUUGGAAGGGUCCACGCCCCUUUGCGAUCUUCACUUGCGUGAGUGGCGAGUGGGUGGGAGAGCCAGGUUGGCAAUUUCUUUCAAACCUCACGCGUGUGGAAUGCCUUCAGUUGGGCACUCCUACUUGGCAAAAACUCUCCAUGGUGUCCAUGCCUGAAGUGUACUUCUUGGAACACCAAGAGCUUCAUAUAACGCAUGGUGAAGCUAACAAAGGCUGUAGCUCUACAGGCUCUUUGACGCCAGCUCCCUUGCUGAUGACCAAUUCGAAUCUUUACUUGAUGGCGUGGAACUCAGACACGAACGCCUUCUACUUAGCUUUGUCAGAACACUCGAGCUUGGUGUGGUACCUUGACGAGGAAGAUCGGCUUCAUGCUGUGGAUGAGAAUGGUCUUGACCAGUGCGUUUGCGGAAACGGACGUGCGAAUCUGAGUUUAUGCGACUCAUGUGACAACAGAAGUUGGAUCAUCAACAGGCAAGUGCUGAUGGACCCGAAUGGAACCUCAUGCGCCUUCAACCAGAGCAAGAAUACCAUCAUUACCAAGCCUUGCAAAGAAGGGCAGAAGGCAGGGGAGACAUGGUAUUUUGCCUCUGGAAAUUGUUUCGUUGGCAUGCAGAUGGUGGAUACUGCAACGAAAGCUUGGAAUUUCACCGUGGCUGCCAAAACUGACAUUCUGGAGCUGAAAGAUUUGCAGUAUGAGGCAGAGGUGACCAACCGCACAACGGAACUGUUCCAGAUUCGCUUGAGCAAGAACAGUUGCAUUGAGGCAGACUGGAGCUGCCAUUAUAACCAUUCAGGAGUGACGUACCAUUGCAUGCAGGUGUCAGAGAACUGCACCGGGGGCUUUAGCAUGCAAGAGGGUGGCAUCAUUCGAUAUUACCCGGAGGGUGAUUUGAGAAGAGGACCAUACUAUUUGUGGGGUGGAUGCCCAGAUGGCUAUGCUUGCCAUGGCACACAAGUCUGGGUCAUUGGAUCGGCAUCACAAGCUACGUCAUGGCAGCUGUCUGCAAACAGCAUUCACGUGAAUCCAGGUCACACCGCUGGUUCUACUUUCGAUUACAUGGCGAUCUAUUACGAACAUAUAGUUACUACACCAUCUGGUCAAUAUGACCUGGGAACGGUGGACUGUGCCCCCGCGAUGUUGUCGAUGAUCGUGGGGCCGAUCUUAAGUGGGGAUGUGAAUGAUGUUUGGAUGGAAUGCGCAAAUACUGCGCCGGCUUCAAUGUCUCAGACCAAUUGCGACUUCUAUACACUGAGCUACGAGAAGAAAGCAAAGUCCUUGUCGAUUGCGUGUCCAACCGGUCAAGUCAUGACGUAUCUCCAGGGUUGGUUUGCCUCAGACGGCCACUACCCAGAAGAAGGUGGCUCCAUCGGGUACUCAUGUUGUGAACUUCAGCUCCCUGAACUUACACGACUCAGCUUCGGCGGAGGUGUACCUCCCACAGCUCCCGAUGGAAGCCAUGGAAACUACACCUUUUCCUGUGAAGAUGUCGGGGUGUUGACGGGGCUCACUUGGGCAGAACAUGUAGAUGAUGCUAACGUUCUUUGCAACGGAUACCAUCGCAUCCCGAUUGGUGCAUGCGUGAUUCUGGUUGGUUGCUCUCAAGAACCGGAUGAUCCUUACACUCAGUGUAGUCAGAAAGGCAUGAUGUAUCAGUUCCAAUUUCCAAACUACCAUGGGAAGAAUGACACAUCAAGCUCAACAACCUAUAUGUCUACCUGCGAGGCUUCUGUAUCCAUCGUGUCAAAUCAAUCUCAAAGUGGAGAUCCUCAAAGCUUGUCUUUGAUCGUGCAAAAUCAAGAGUUGCUCACCCCAGAGCAAUUGCAGGCUUACUCCAGUACACCAACCAUGCAGGUGGUUGUGCAAUCAGACAUUCUUUUCAGUUGCCGGCCAAGUCCUACUGGACCGGUGCAUUUGGCCAACGUGAAUUCCACGUUGUGUGCCAAUCGCGUGCCCGUUUCCCCGAGAGAUCUCCGGAGUGCCUCUGGCGUGGUCUCCAACUUGGGAGACAAAAGUUUGCUCAUCCAAAAGACAUGCCCAGUGCUCAUGAGCGCUUCAGAUCAACCGGUUGCUCGAGUGGUUAGCCCAAAAGGUUUGACCAUGGAGAGUUUCUUCAAUAUCCUCAAGAAUCAGGUCUACUACAGUGUGCCCUUCGUGAGUCCGUAUCAAUGGCCCUUCGACUUCACGGGAGACUCCCUUUCAUCAGCGAAUCUGGUGGGUUUUCUCAGAAACACCACAUGGACCUUGAGCUGGGACAAGUUUCAGGGAUCGUGGAACUUGCUGGGAGGCAAGCAUCUCUACGCAUCAAUUCACAGUGAGGCCGUGAUACCGGUGGACUUGAACGGAAGCGCAGACGCCUUCUCGGCGACAUUUAUUCGCCCAAUGAUGGCCAGUUUUUUGACAAGCCCGAAGGUGAACAGCCCUUUCCCGCAGCAGAAACCAACCUACCCAAAGCUUUUGGAGUUCCAUUCAAGUCAACCAGAUUACAAGGAAUAUUGCGACCCUACGAUUUUGCAAAACCCUGGUGAGUUUCAAGUUUCGGUGGAUGAGACGAAUCCAUGUUUUCACACAUUCAAUGCCGAAAUCGUCAGAGGGUUGCCUGAAAUGAAAGGAAUCACAGAGCAGGCCUUUUGGUCUUGUGCAGAGCGGGACUCUUUGCGUCAGUACAUGGAAGGGAUGUCCACAGCCGGGAUCCAGAAGAGCCAAUACAAAGUGCAGAAAGUGGAGGAUGAGAUGCAAGCGGUGUCAUUGGCCUUGCAGCUUGUGGCAGGUGUUGCUGGCAUGAUUCCUUGGGGCAGCUAUGCAGCCCCUGGGGAGAAGGGUGCAGAGAAGACUGAACAGUUUGUUGCCAAGGAAGAAAAAGACAUUGCUGAAAAGACGGCCAAGACUGAAGUGAAAAAAGAAGUUGAAAAUGAAGUAAAAGUUGGAAUGACAAAGCAGAUGCACGAGGAAAUGGAGGCGCAAUUGAAACAAAGUAUGAGGGCUGCCAUGAUCAAAAAGGAUUUGCAAGCUGCGAAAGCAGCACAAGCAGCAGCCCAGCGGCAAAAACGAUCCAGUGGUAUGAUGGCCAUGAUCGGUGGCGCUUACCAGAAAUAUGGCAACAAUUUCAAUUCCUUUGUGAGCACCUUCAGUACCUCAGUCUCAACGGCGGACUUAAUUUUCAAAAUGCACCCGAGGCCUUCCACCUCAGCCGGUGCCAAAAACAUGUCUGAGAAGCUGAUGAAGCUAACCCUUCCCACCUUGGACGGCCCAACUUACAAAGACACCUCUGCAAUGGCGAAAACCACUUGGAAUGAUUGUAUGCCGUUGCAGUUCGGUUUGUCCAAGGUGAUGUGCGACUUGUUUUGCAUUGAGGAUUCUGUUCGCGAAGGCACCUCGGCGGUCUUAAGUAGCCUGGAAAAUUCGCAAGACGUCCUGAUGAAGAACUUGCAAGCGCUUCUGAAUUAUCAAACGCAGUACAUCCUUUGGGCCAUCGGGACUCUGGUCAAUCCGGCUACUGGGUCCAGCUCUGAGCCCUCAGAGAUACCUUCUGCCAGCGCUUUGCUCGAGGAGCUGCGCCGCAUCGACUUUGAAGAUGUGCGCGUCACCGUGCCAAGGGUAUCCCGGGAUGUCUUACACUGGCAUAGAGAUGCUGCGCCGGAGCUCUAUGGACGUGUCGCGUCUUUGUCCGUGAAUGCCACGGCCCAGAAUUGGCCCUACCGUGUGCGAUCUUUGCGGAGCAUGCUGCAGCACUUUCAAGCAGAAUUUCGUGAACGUCUCUACAGGAGUGCACAAGGACAGCCAUCGGUGGACAAGAUCCAGCGGCUUCGCUUGGAUGCAGCCAUGCACCGAAAACAUACAGAAAAAGCGCAAUUGUUACAACUGCAGAUGGGCGAAUCCCGAAUUUGGACUUCCCUCUUGGCCUCUUUCUUGCAUUGCCACGAGAAGCACGCCACUUUCACAAUGAUGCAGCUAAAAGCAUUGGAUCAACACGAUGCAGCUCCUCUCCUUCAUCUCGAUUCGACGUUGAACAUCUCAAUUGGGUCUUAUAUUGCUUUGAACUUGGCCCAGAACUUUUCGCUUUGCAAAGCGGACACGGCCUCCUUGCGAGACACCUGGCAGCGCGCCAUGCGCGCAGAAGAGCGCAGCCGUGAAGCUCUCCUUGAGGCUUGGUCAGCCACGGCGGCCACUGCCGAGCGCUUGGCAAUAGCCUUUGAGGACGAAGACUUUGUGCUGAACCUGGCUGACUUCACCAACCAUGGGAGCCACUUUACUCGCUUUGCCAGCUUCCCUCGUGAGUCUUGUCACAGCAUGCCCAAGUUGGCGCAAGAACUCUUUAACGAAGCAGUGUUCCAGGUAGACCGGGUGAUGAAGCCUUUGGCAAAGCAGCUUGUGGUCUUCAAUGCUUUGGCCAAGUACCAACAGCAACAGCUCCUGCAUAGACGCAUGGAGCACGUUCCUUUGCCGACGUUCUCUUUGCCCAAAGGUGCGCUCGCUGCCAUGGCUGAUCCGGAGGCCCAAGGUCGCCAGUUGGCACUUCAAGCGUUGCAAGCCUUAGGCCGAGAGCUUUGCCCUUCACCGCCGAGUUGUCCACAGGGAAUGCUUCUGCCUGAAGAUGCAGACGCACAAUUAAAUGGGAUGGAUGAGGUCGACGUUUGCAAUCGAGGCGGGCGCUCACGCUUCAUUGGGGUCAUGACAUCCAGCUUAGCAGAGGUUUUGAUGCGGAACGUCACAUUGGAAUCGGUAGAGAUGCACAGUUUGUUGUUGCUCAAAGUAGCAGACCUUUAAUAUUGUAAUCAAUUUUGAUGAUGAUGAUGAUGAUAUAUAAUGUGCCUUUUGGAAUAAAUAGAGGCAUAAGUCCUCUAUUUAUCCUCUAUUUAUUGUAUUGGAUCUGUUAAAA